AUGAAAAAAGUAAUUUCUCAGAAUCUUUUGAAACAGUUAGUUUAUAGACAUAAAUUAUGUUCAAAAUAUUAUAUGAAGGAUGUAGAAAAAGCAAAACUUGAAACUUUAAUUAUUGGAAGUUACAUUAACAAUGAUUAUUUGUCAAUUAUUCAGUUUUUACUUCCAUACAAACCAAAUAUUGACGAUAUAAAUAAAACCAAUUAUAUUCAUGGAAUUGGAUUGUCAAUACUGAGGAAGUUAUUUAAUGAAAUGAAUAAUGAAAGGGAUAAACUUAAAUUAUUUUUUAAUUCUGUAAAUUUUUUAAAAACAUUUAGUAUAGAAAAUAAUGUUGAAUCACAAUUAGGUUUUUUGUUACUAGUACAUGAUUUUCAAAAUUGGUAUGAAAGUAAAGAAUUGUCUUGUACUGAAAAAAUCCAGCUAAAAGAUGAAUUACAGGAACUAUGGAAAAGAGCUCAAUCAAAAAAGCUUAUUAAACCUUACCUUUUUAACACAACCAGAAUUUAUUCAAAGGAAGAUUUUGAAAUAGCAUCUAAUAUUGCUUUUAAAAUACAAAAUCUUACAAGAAAACCAAAAAUAGAAAAGAUUGAAUCACGUUAUAAUAGAAAUCUUACUCUCGUUGAUAGUUUACAAUAUCCUGUUGAUGAAUCAAAUUAUAUUUUAGGCAUGGAAAAGGCAAUAAAUUCAAAAAAACAAUUUAUGUCAUUAUUUAAAAAACAAUUAAUAAAUGAACAAGAAACAUACUUUAAAACUCAGAAUAUUUUUAGAACUUCUACUGAAAAAAUAACUGCAGAAGAGAUAAUUGAUGGGUUAGAUUGGCUACCAAAAAUAGAAAAAACGUUUUCAGAUUGUUUAAAAAAUUUAGAUGAUAGCGAAGUUGUUACAUUUUUAUCACUAUUUAAAGCAAAUGAAAUAUCAGAAAUUUUACAUAAAGAGAUUAUGAAACUGUUAUCAUAUGGACAAAAUAUGGUUAAUUAUGGAUACUUUGAAAAAAGUAUUAUUAAAAUGAUCUUUCAACGUAUACAAAAAGAUUUUAUGAAUGAUCUUUUAAAACAUGAUGAUGAGAUGUUAAUUCAAGUAUUUGAUAAGUAUGUGGAUUUUUUUUUAAAUGACAACUUAAGACGUCUCUUUAGACCACGAGAAUAUUGGAUUAAAGUUUGUAAUGAUUUGAAAGUUAAUCCUGAUAUUUCACUACCAUUUUCUGAUUUAAAUCUGUGGACAAUCAGAAGUAAACUUGCAAUAUUUUUUAGUAAUAUUAUUUCAAAAUCUUGUAAAUUAACAAAUGAUCAACUUAUUGAAAUCGCAAAACGUCAUCCAGAAUUAUCAUUAAAUCUUAAAUAUACAAAAGAAUUAAAAAUAUUUUCAGUAAAAUCGAUAGCUAAAGUUGAAAAUGAAAUAUUCUAUGAUGAAUUUAUAGAUCCUGGUUCAAAAUUUUUUAUAAUUGAUGGAAAAUUUCUUGAAUACUUAAAUAUAUAUCAGUUUAAAGAAUUAUUUUUUUAUUCAGGAGUAGAAAUGCCAAUGCUUACACCACCAAGACCUUAUUUAGAUUAUGGUAAAGGUGGUCCAUUAUAUACUUUAAAUUCUUCAAUAUUAAAAGAUAAAAAAAUAUUUUUAAAUGUACAUUUAGAAAAACAAAUGGAAAUUAGAUUAAAAAAUAAAUAUCAGGGACGACCUAUAUGGGAUGCUUUAAAUGAAUUAGGAUGUGUUCCAUGGAAAAUAAAUAAACCUGUUUUAGAGAUUAUGACUAAACUAUUUACUGAAUUUACAUCUAAUAUAAAUAAUGAAAUUUUUUUAGAAAAUCUUGGUUUUCCAAUGAAUCCUAAUGUAAUUGUUAUACCAAAGAUUAAUGAUUUUAUAAAUCAUAAUAAAAUUAGUAGUGAUGAUAAAAGUAAAUUUAGAGAAUUUUUUAAAAUGAAACAAUUACUUGAGAAUAAAAAAACAAAAAUGAAUUCUUUGACAUAUUGGAUGUUAUAUCGAUUAUCUAUUGCUCAUUAUUUUGAAGAUUCCAUAUUAUAUUUUCCUCAUAAUAUAGAUUUUAGAGGAAGAGUUUAUCCAAUAUCUCCAUAUCUUUCUCAUAUGGGUGAUGAUGUUUCACGAUCAUUACUAAUAUUUGCUAAUGGUAGAAAAUUAGGACCAAAUGGUUUACGUUGGCUUAAAUUACAUUGUAUUAAUUUAACAGGAUUUUUAAAAAAAGAAUCAAUUGAAACAAGGUUAGAAUAUGCUGAAAAAGUACUAGAUGAUAAAAUAAGAGACUCUGCCAGAGAUCCAUUAAAUGGUUCAAGAUGGUGGAUGGAAUCUGAAGAACCAUGGCAAACAUUAACAGCAUGUAUUGAAAUAAAUAAUGCAUUAAUGUUAGAUGAUCCAAGUGAAUUUAUUUCGUGUAUGCCAGUUCAUCAAGAUGGAUCAUGUAAUGGAUUACAACAUUAUGCUGCUUUAGGUAGAGAUAAAGAUGGUGGAGGUGAAGUUAAUUUAUUACCAGCAGAAAAACCUGCUGAUAUUUAUUCUGUUGUUGCUAUGAGAGUAGAUAGUAAACGAGAAAAAGAUGAAAAAUCUAAUGAUAAUAGUAUUAGAGAUAUUGCUUUAAUAUUAAGAAACGAAAUUCCUGAUAAAUUACCACGUAAAUUAUUAAAACAAACCAUUAUGACAACUGUUUAUGGUGUAACUGAAUAUGGGGCAGUUCUUCAAAUUGCUAAACAACUUAAAAAUUUACGUAUAAAUGAUAAUAAUGUUGGAAUUUUAGCAAAUUAUCUUAAAAAUCAAACAUUAGCUUCACUCUCAGAAGCUUUUAAAACAUCAAUGGAAAUAAAAGAAUGGUUUAGAAAAUGUGCUGAACAAAUAACAAGAAUGAAUAGAUCUGUUGAAUGGGUUACACCAUUAGGUCUUCCUGUAUAUCAACCAUAUAUGAAAAUUGAACUUGAUGGUAUCGAUGAAUAUCAAGUACCAAUAAAAUCUAAGCAAAUAAAUGCUUUUCCACCAAAUUAUAUUCAUUCUUUAGACUCAACACAUAUGAUGUUGACAGCUCUUAAUUGUACUGCUAAAAAUGUUGAAUUUGCUGCUGUACAUGAUUGUUUUUGGACACAUGCUGGUACAGUUGAAGAGAUGAAUAAGAUUACACGUGAUGAAUUUAUUAAACUUCAUAAUGAACCUUUGAUUGAAAAUUUAGCUAACCACUUUAAAAAAACAUAUGUUUAUGAUAAUCCUAAAGAUGAAAUCGACACAAAAAGACAAAAAUUAUUAUUAGAAGUUUUUAAUCCUAAAAUAGAAAAAGGACAAUUAGAUAUAAAUGAAAUAAGAAACUCGGUGUAUUUUUUUAGUUAA